GUUUGAGCAUUUUUGCGAAAUAACUACGCAAAACUAUAAACAAAACAAAAACAACAUGAAGGAAACAAAACAGCCACAAAUAAAGUAACAAGGAGUUAUUACAAUUGUGUAUUUGUGCUGUCUAUUUUUAUACAAACAAAAUUUAAGCGUGUGCUUGUUUAUAACUUGCGUAUUCUUUUAUGAUUUUGAUAAUUUGGAAACAAUGAGUUUAAAAAAUGAUGUAAUGGACACAAAUAACGAGGCAUUUAAGCUUCCGCCAGUUUGGCGGGAUAAAGACAAAAUCAGGUUGCUCUUUGCGAACUUUCAUACGCGUCAUUGGGAUAUUGAAGCAUAUGACAGAAAGAUGAUAUUCUGGAUGGAUCUUAUAAAUCAGUACUGUACAUAUUUAGGCAAGGCCAAUUUCAGUUUGCGAGAACUGCAGUUGCAGUUCAUGCGCGGAGAACAAAUACCUGCCUGCUUGGACGUUGUUAUAGCCGAAAUGGCUCAACGAAAACAGAUUCGUCUGCGUACUGAAUAUGAAUACGAUCCGCUCAACACCUGGAGCGGCUGGCUCCUCAACAGUUUUGUAAAGCGCCCUCUAUCGCGUGGCUGGCUAAAACUGAAGCAUGUCAUAAUUGCCAAGGAUGCCCUGGCAGAAUCUUUUGUAGAAUGGAUUCACUUAGAUGUUUUACGCACCCUCUGCAGCGAAAUGGAAACCAAAGUAUUGGACAAGAAUCGUGGAAAAUUGCUGCACCUUGAAGCCUUAAUGACGCUUUGCAAAUCGUGUCAAAUGCGCAUUCACGAGGAUUUUUUGGAUUUAUGUCUUCUUACACUUCAGGCGCGCCGGCAAGUGGCAUUAGAAUUUAAAAUUGAAAAGAAAACGCAACGCGUUCACCUAAUUAAGAUCCCAGCUGACGAGAAUGAAAGUCUGAUUAUAAGCGAGGCAGAUCUUGCCGUGCAUAACCUAGAGAUGACGCAGGCCAGCCUAAUGAAACAGUUGGAGUCGCUCGAAGACGAGAUUAAAGUUAACGACGAUAAAGCGCGUCAAUAUGUCAAGGAAAACAAAAGGCAAUUAGCCAAAACUUACCUGCGCAAAAGGCGUUUGUUGGAAAAAAAUCAUGAGCGACGCAGUCUGGCGCUGCACAACAUAGAAACGCUGCUCUCAAAUGUGGAGGAGGCACAAAACAACGGCGUGGUGCUUGACGCUUACAAAAUUGGAACCAAAACCUUGCAGAAGGUUCUUAACGACUCGGGUCUCAAGUAUGAUAACGUCGAUGAGGUUCUGGCCGAUGUGCGGGAGACUCUGGAUCAACAUCGUGAGAUUCAAGAUGUUAUGUCAAGUAACACGUCAGAAGUCGUCAGUAGCCACGAUGAGGAAGAGUUGGAAUUAGAGCUAUGCAAUCUGAUGGGCGGCAAGGAAACAGCAAAACCAAUAAAUGUCUGUAACAAUAAUAAUAAGCCUGAGAUUGUAAUUGACGAUGAGCAGUUACUUGCCAUGUUGGAUGAACUGGAGGUUGAGGAUGGCACCAUCUCUCAGGCUAGCCAAAAAACAUUAGAAUCUUUGUAAAAACUAUUAAACUAACAUAUGUAUAUUUUUGUGUUUGCUUAAUAAAUGUAACUUGUUCUAGUUUUCUAAA